UAUAUAACUAGGCGUUUUCCUCGCCUAUCUAUCUUACUUACCAUGUACUUGUACACAUAGUCAAUCUUUCACUCUUUUGUAGUCCGUGUGGAUAGAGUUCAAGGCGUCGAGGCAUCCAAUACAAGAUCAUCUCACCUCACCAUGAAGAGCACGAUCGCCUUCGGCAUCUUGCCGCUAUUGUCCCUCGCCGGGGCCGCCGCUAUCGCACCCCGCCAAGACCCGACCUACGAUGCUAUCAUCAUCGGUGGCGGCCCGUCCGGCCUCAGCGCUCUUAGUGGUCUCGCCCGUGUGCGUAGAAACGUCCUACUGAUCGAUUCGGGCGAGUACCGCAACGGACCUACCCGGCACAUGCAUGACGUCCUAGGUUUUGAUGGAGUCACACCGGCAUACUACCGCUGGGCCGCGCGGGAGCAAAUCUCACACUACGACACCGUGAGCGCGGUCAACGGGACAGUCACCGCAAUCGAGUCCCUGAACAACAACACCCAGUUCAGCGUUGCAACCUCAUGGGCCGACGGCACCACUGGCACUGUCAGCGCGCGUAAGAUCGUCCUCGCAACCGGCCUAAGGGACAUCCUCCCGGACACCCCCGGUCUAAAAGAGAACUGGGGCAAAGGCAUCUUCUGGUGUCCCUGGUGUGAUGGUCACGAGCACGCAGACCAAGCCCUCGGUCUCCUUGGCCCGCUCGAAGAAGCCGCAAGCUUAGUCCGCGAGAUCUCAACGCUAAACUCGGACAUCAUCGCCUUCGUCAACGGCACCGACACAGAGGAGCAGCGGGCCGCCGCGACCGCCAGCUUCCCGGAGUGGCAGAAGUACCUGGAGAUCAAGAACGUGACGAUCGACAACCGCACCAUCACGCGCGUCAACCGGCUCAAGAACGGGAGCGACCCCGCCGCCGACCCCAGUCUUCCCACCGUGCCGGAGUACGAUCUCUUCAGUCUCGAUUUCAGCGAGGGCGAGAGCGUGCAGCGCGCUGCGUUUUUCACGAGUUUUCCCGACGAGCAGAAGAGCGAUGUUGGGGAGAAGAUGGGUGUUACGCUGUAUGGCGGACGUCUGACUGCGGAUGGGAGUAAGGGGCUGGUGACGAAUAUCCCGGGCGUUUAUGCGAUUGGUGAUGCGAACUCGGAUAAUGUCACGAAUGUCCCGCAUGCGCUGUUCACGGGGAAGAGGACGGCUGUUUAUGUGCAUGUGCAACUCGCCCGUGAGGAAGCCCAGAGAGAACUUGCCGCGAACGCGACUGUGACGAGACGCGAGAAGGACCUCAAUUUGAGGGCGAUCUGGGAUGAGAUGAAUCCUCGUGGCCUCCUCUAUGCUGGCGAAUUCGAUCAGUAAUUGUAAUGUGUAAUCCUGUUAGAGGUCGUGCAUUUAGCGUUGGUUUAGGAAAGGAAAGAGAAAAAGGGGGAACAUUGGAAAUCUAGGGAAUUAGCAUUUAGGUAAUACCAUUUCAUGCGAUAUACUUGAUAGAUUUUUGGAACUUGUUAACUAGAAUUCAAUGCCAAAACGUUUACAAUUAA